AUGGUCUACUCGCAAUGGGUGGUAGUCGAGGUCUACAACAAGUUCAGACAUUCGGAUAUCACUAUCAAAGAGGCAACGAUCGACUAUGGUAAAUACCAUGAGAAUGGUAACAAGGAUAACAAUCUCGAGCCUGAAGACAUCAACGGAAUUGUUAUCAAGCCCGGAAAAGUUGGAUAUGUUUCUGCUUGUGGCAAGGCUGAGAUACACUACGGGACCGAUGGCACCUUUGCUUUAUUUGAUGGAAGCACCAAGAUCUGCAAGCUCUUCUUUGACGUUCCAUACCACAAAUCAACCAAUGACUUCCAAGUGAAGGAUCGUAAUGAUGAUUAUGCGGUCUCCGUCUCUGAGUGGAAUCGUGAGGGGGGUGCCUUGGGCAAUGUCCGAGUUAAUGUUGGAAAGUUCGGCUGA